AAACUUUCCUGUCUGCUUGUGGGUGUGUAAAAGCUCAGCUCGCAGCCUCGACGUUUCAGGUCCCAAACAAACGCGUCGGACUAACAGGUUCCUCUGCCGCGCUCGAGUUUUCCAGGCAAACAUGGAGGUUUGAAUCCGUGCGUAAAGAGGAUUUUGGACGCGAUGGAUUCCCUAUCUGGAGACAGCGAAGAGCGCACGCAAAAGGAAAAUCUUUCUGAACUGAGAGAUAGUUGUCAGUGAGAAAAACGAUGAAUGAAACUCAGGUCGCUCGUCCAAGGGCCCCCACCGUCCCAGUGAUCAUGUUCAUCUUCGGGGUGGUGGGGAAUGUCAUCGCCAUCGUGGUUCUCCGGAUAUCAAGAAAAGAGCAGAAGGAGACGACUUUUUACACUCUGGUGUGUGGCCUGGCAGUGACGGACCUCCUGGGUACGCUGCUGGCGAGCCCCGUCACCAUCGCCAUCUACAUGAAGGGCUCCUGGCCCGGCGGUGACCCGCUGUGCCAGUACUCCGGCUUCAUCCUGCUCUUCUUCUUCAUGGUGCAGCUCAGUAUUGUCUUUGCGAUGUCAGUGGAGCGGUACCUGGCCAUCAACCACGCGUACUUCUACAACCAGUACAUCAAUCAGAGGCUGGCAGCGCUCUCUCUUCUUGGCAUCUACAUGUUCAACGCCUUUUUUUGUGCGCUGCCGAGCGCGGGGCUCGGACACGUUACGCACCAGAAACCGGGCACCUGGUGCUUCAUCGACUGGCGGAACAACAACAUGACAGUCAAGAGUUAUAACCUGACAUAUGCCAUUGUGAGUUCGGUCGUGGUGCUGGCCACGGUCAUCUGCAACGUGAUGGUGUGCGGCGCCCUGAUCCUCAUGCACAAACGCUUCAUCCGCCGCACGUCUCUGGGCACAGACUCGCGGCGGCUGUCCGAGCGCAGACGGAGUUUUGGACGCUUAGCUGGAGCAGAGAUCCAGAUGGUGAUCCUGCUCAUAGUUACCUCUGCCGUGGUUCUCAUCUGCUCCAUACCUUUAGUAUUGAGGAUCUUCAGAAACCAGCUGCACACCCCUGGGGAUGCAGAAACCUCACUGAUCAAUGAAGACCUCCUGGCCAUCCGCAUGGCUUCCAUUAACCCCAUUUUAGACCCCUGGAUCUACAUUCUCCUCAGAAAGACGGUGGUCCUCAAAAUGAUGGAGAAAAUCAAGUAUCUGUUCUGUAAAAUGGGCCGGAGGCGACGAACAAUCGGGAGGCAGUUUCACUGCCCCGAGGCUUACCUGUCCUCCUCCAUCAUAUCCAGGGAUUCGCCCUCGCUGGGGUCCCAUGAGCCACGGGAAAGACUGAACACAUCCCUGACGAUCCUCUAUGCGUCUGAUGGGACGCUGGACAGGCCAGGGUCAUCGCAGCCCGGGUCGCCGGGCAGCUUCAGCCUGCAAAGCUCUCAGGAGGGGGAGCAGCCUCAGAGAGCGCUGUUGCAAAAGGAUUUUAAAGACGAACCUUCCGGGAAGUUGCUGAAUCCACUUCCAGUGUACCCCAAGGAUCCAGAUCUGCAUAAGGCCUUCAGCGAUGAGACUGCAAACAUGCAGGAAAGAUGCAUUUAACCUCCCACUUGAGGAAGACUGAGUCUGGAACAAACACAAAGACUGAAAAAUCUUAUGACACUUCAAAUGUAUUACUGAAAUGAAUGUUAACUCCUCUGAAGACCAGAGAACAACAUCACCGUUCAAAGAAGGUUCACAGAGGAGCUUCUUGUUGCACUUGUUCAAAUGUCAAUCAGUUACGUACCAGAGAUUUUUUACAACUCGUACUGUACAGAAUUGAUGCAUAAAUGUGACCACAGAUAUAUUUAUUUAAACUAUUGUUGUCUUCUUCUCUGUGAGAAGGUCUUCCUAGUACACACAUUGUGUUUUUAUGAAGGGCCAUUUAGAAAGAAUUAAAGCCAUUCCCGGAAUAACAACGAAAAGGCAGCUAAAGUGCAGCUUUUCCACAGCAGACACCAGAUAAGGACAAAAAAAAAGUUGGUUGGUUCUCUAAAACCUUUUUCUUUUUUUCAAGUUUCAUCUGAUUGGAGCUAAAUGUGUUGGUUUUAAUCAGAUGUAAGGGGGUGGGAAACAUUUCUCGACACGUUUUGAGGGUUUUAUUUCAGCCAGGGGCGGCACAGGCAUCGCUUUACAACAAAAAAGGUUCCAAUUUCAACUGAAAGAUGUCUGGUUGUGCAGUUUCCAUGUUCCGACUGAACACAGAGACUUGGUCUGCAGAUGAAAGUGCAUGCUUGCUGGUCAGUGUGUUAACCUGUUAUGGACUGGCGACAGAAAAUGGAUGGAACUGUUUCAACGUGGCUUUGACUCAGUGCUGCUAUUUAAAAUAUUUGUGGAUUUUAAAGCCAGGAUCAUGUUUGUGAACAAACUGUUGUUCUGUGAUGUGUAAAAAUUGUGUAAGCUAAAAUAAAAUAAACAAAGAAUACAA